GGGAGGGACACCCGGUCGGCGUUCGUCGGCUGGGCGGGGGUUGGGGGCGCCUGUUGCUUCUGCAGGGGGUUGCGCGCCCCGUACGCCCCGUUGAGGGACAGGGAGGCCCUCGCUCUGGUGGGAGAAGGGCCGGUUCGCGCCCCUGCGGUGGUGGCGGGGGGAGUGUCCCUGCCCCCCUCCUCCACGUCGGCGGUCCAGCGAUGCCCCUCACCCUGCUGAGGAGAAGGAAAGGAAAAGGAAAAGGGAGGCUGGUCCUUGCGAGGCCGGGAGCGCCCUCCGCCGUCUCGGCCCAGCGGGGGCGCUCCAAGCUUUAUUAUACCCGUCUAAAAAUUUAAAACAAAACCCCCCAAAACAUCCUUUAAAAAAGAAACCUGUUGCCACAGCUUAGUGGGAGAAGCUCAGAAGAACCUGCUCUGCCUUUAGAUGUUACGUGGCAUAAGGAUUGAUGAUUGCAGUGGUUGUAAAGGAUAUUGGUCCUAUGUGUGCAAGUAAAGUUUGCAAGAAGGUGGGAGUCAAUCAUUUUGACAAGUCUCCUGAAAGGAACAGCUAGCGAGAGCUGAAACCUUUUUCCAUUUGGUCUCGUGGCAAAGGCAGAGAUCACCCUAGCAGCUUCACAAAAUAUGAUGUGUUCACUGAUACCCUCUGAGCAGUCUGCUGGUGCCUCUUUCUUACCUAAAAACAGUGCUCCAUUUUCUUGGAGCUCCUUGGAUGAGGAUGAAUUGGAUGACUCCUUGCUGGAGUUCUCUGAUGGAGAAGAAGACGACGGCCAUUUCAGUCUCACUGAGGAAGAGAUCGAGGAGCUUUUGAAAGAUGAUAGCUCAUCAAAUGAGGAAGAGAUUGAAGAAUUCUUGAAGGAUGAUGAGCCAUCAAAUGAGCAUGAGAAUGGAGAAAAAAGGAGUCAAAUUGUACUUGAAACUCCCCAAGAAAAAAAUUCAUUGUACAGCUUGAGACCAGUAGCUGAGACCCCUGGCCUCUUCAAACUACCUCAACUAAAUACAUCAGUUGGUCAUGAACCAACUCCUGCUAAAUCAUUACAUAGGCACCUUGUAUUAGAAAAGAAUCAUAUAAAAGUGACUGUUGUUGCACCAUUUGAUCCAACAGUUUGUGAUUCUGUGCUUGAUAAGAGUAAGACUUGUUCAUCCAAAGACACUGAAAAACCUUCUCUUGGGGAAGAGAUGAGAGAAGAUGAUCUUAGCCUAAAUGAGAGCACUGAAUCUGAAGGGAUCAGCCCUAAUAUUUCUGCCUGGGAUGGGAGCUCUUCUCCUUUGAACAGUAACUUUCAACAAACAGUCUCUGAUAAAAAUACACUUGACAGUAAGAAGCCUGUCCCUUUGUUCUCUCAGAUCUCAUAUCAUUCAAAGACUUCCUCCAGUACAGGGUCAUCCUGGAAAAAUAGUGGAUCACAUAAACUAAGUUGUGAAAUGAGGUCUCCAGUUGUUUCCAGUUCAUCAAAGAGACAGGAUGUUCUUGACAAAGAUUCUGGAGAGAUGAAAGGCCGCGAGAAAAGAACAGGCAAAGUCAUUCCUGUUCUACAAACCAAAACCAGGACUAAUGUUUCGACGUUUUCACAAUCAGAUCUAGAGCAGCAGAAGCAAAUUUAUCUCAGGCGUGUCUUUGAUCAUAUAGAAGAUCCAGGGGACUCUAACCAAGGUCCCUCGGGGGAGCUAUAUAAUUUGAUGGAUCGGCAGCAUCCUUCGGAUCUGACCAUGCGCAAUUAUGCCCGGUUUCGACAGAAACCUCUGCAGAGAUACAGCCUGACUCAGUGGGUUGAGAGGAACAAGCGCAGCCACCACCGGUUCCAGCGUCUUCCGGAUUUCUCAUACGGUCCAUUUGUCUCCUCCCACCAGCAGUGAAGGCCCCUCGCUAGCAUCCUGUCCAGAGUCAUAUCUCCUUUUCUUCUGCUGUUUUAUUCUUUGUAUAUUUUGAAUUUUAUUUUUCACAAGAUUUUAUUUAAAGAACUUGACUCCUUCUGGAAAUGCC